AUACACCUAAUGAACUACGUAAUGGUCUUGUGGACCAUUUCUUACAUUGUCUUCACGAAGGUUGUCCUGUAGCUUUGAAUUCUUUUAAACAUGAAUUACAUCCAACAAUACUAUAUGAUUUGCAUAAUAUACAUGACAAAAGUACAUAUCUAUGUAGAAUGAGACUUUUGGCAACAGAAAUCAAUGCCAAUGGUGAAAUUGGACUUUGGGGUGACACAUUUUGUGUCCACUGGUUAGCACGUUGGUUAAAUAUACCCAUAUGCAUUUGGUCCUUGAAACGCAAAAAAAAUAUUUGCAUUUCAAUAAAGAUGCAUGUCAUGCUCCAAUAUCAAUUCUUUUCCAUGACACAAAUCCAGGUGCUGGACAUUAUGAGCCUAUCUUUUCACAUACAAUUGCAAAUUGCAGAGCGUAUAAAAUAAGUUUGCCAUUUCCAACAAGAUCUUCAUUCACUACGCACUACUCCUCAAGUUUCAAGUGUAGAUCUGAGACGAUUUGUGAUCUAGUGCAGAAGUGGUAAAGCUAUGGGGGAGAUAGUAAGUGUGCGUUUCCAGAAGGUUGAAAGGAGUUAUUUCAGCACUCCAACUGGAUGGCGCCUCGCUACUUUUGAGGAAGCCAGAGAUGGGGUGGAUAUGAUUAAGGAGCAUAAUAUUUUAGAGAAAUGGGACAGAGUACGUUUGCUGGAUGGCUGGAUACUUGGUUGGGGUUAUGAUUUUAAAAUGGGAAAUGACUUUAAAGGGUGUUUGGGCUACAUGCUUCUCGUUCAAACUCAUGCUUCGGGGUUUGCAUAUGCCGAUGUUAAUAUCAGUGACCCGCAAAAACAAGUAGCUCUAUUCCUCUGCGCAGAUGACUGUAAUUAUGAGGUUGUUUACUGGUUGUUUAACUCAUGGGCGAAAACUGAUAGUAUGGACCUACAAGAUGUUGUAGGUGGGAGAAUUCCUUUCCGUGAUCGUCAGAAAUUUGUAGACAUGAACAGGAAAGUUUGUUCUCUAGCAAGAAAGCUUGGUGAUAAGGGACCUGUCAGUCAGAAAGCAGCCAAGGGGAUAUUUUCAGGGUCUUAUGGAAGUUGUCCUGUCUGACAUGAUCAAUAUUGUGGAUGAAGAAAAACUAGAGCGAUACGGAAAAUAUAGGUAUUCUAGUGUAGAUACAUUAAUGGAGGAUUGCUUUCCAGAAUUGCUAGAGCCCGACUGGCUUAAAGAUUUUUCUGUGCGGGGAGGUACGGAUUGGAGUUACAUCGCAGACACAUUCUGGAACUUUUUGUCUGAAUGCUUUGCAGGGUCGAUGAUACAGUUUUAUGUGAACUACAUUCUUGCAAAUAUAUGUGAGCAAAGUAAUGAGUGUGAUCUGAAGACAAUAACAUCAAGCCAAGAGAAUUUCAUGGUUGCCUCUCUCAUUCUUUUCUAUCUGUCCCAUCGGAGAAAUGACAUCAUACACACACCUCUGGCACAUGACUGCAGAUUUAGUUGUGCUGAAAAAAUAUUAAAUUAUGUGGCAUCAAACAACGGGCCAGCUGAUCUUCAACGUUUUAACGAGACACUAGAAAAGAAUGCAAUGUGGAGGUGUUACGACCACAUAAGAAAUCCGAAAUUAUGAUCUUCUAAACAAGCUUCUAGUCCUUGCAGCCGCUGGCCAAGCUUCUGAAGAGCUGAGAGUGGAGGGAAAGACACAUAUCUGUGUGGUAAACAGGUUAUUAGAAUGCGGAGCUCAGCCUGGACCAACAUAUGCUAUUUUAGAUUUUACAAAGCUAACAGCUCUACUUGCUGCUAUACGGUACUUACCGGACGGAGAUAUUGAAAGAGAGGUUGCAAUAUCUUUGCUCAACAAGUGUGAUGAGAAACAACAUGAACAGGUGUUGAAUACUCCACAUGAAAUGGGGUGGAGUGCACUUCACAUCGCUUCUAACAAUAAUGAAGCAAAUGCUUGCCAAAUGCUUCUUAACUAUGGAGCUAAAUUAGAUGUUCUGAAUAAUGACGGCAAGACAGCUCUGCACAUUGCCGUUGAAUGUGAGGAUGAUAGAGUUGUAAAUGUAUUUAUGGAACAUCCACGUAUUACUGAAUCAGUUGAUUUAAAAGAUGAAAUGGGGAUGAGCCCUUUAGAUACAGCCGUUGCCUCAACAAAUGAAAAAAUAGCAGCAAUGUUGUUAUUCAAGUCAAAACAGCCUGAAGCUUAUUUUGACAAGGUGAAUCUGGAACGGCUUCUACGUUGCUCUUUACUGAAUGGAUUUGUCUAUACUGUUAGAAAUCUGUUUGAGAGGGGAACAAAAGUGCCAGCUGGGGAGUGCGAUGAUGAAGGAAAAACAGUUUUGCAUUUGGCUGCCACGUGUAAAGAUGGUCAGAAAGCAAUGGAGAUGGUCAACAUGGUAUUUGAAAAUAUCAAAGUUAAGGAAAGCUUGAUGACUAAACAGGACAGAAGAGGGAGGACCGCUCUCCAUGAGGCCGCUUUGAAUGGAAAACAAGAGCUCUGCAAAUAUCUUCUGAAAAUAAAUCCAAAAAUAAUAAGUCUGAAAGACAGGGAUGGACGAACUUCUAUAUAUGACGCAAUUGAAGGAGAACAUAAUGAGAAAGAUGUUUUACAGAUCUUUCUUGGAGUCUAUGUCAAUACAGAUAGUGCUCUCAAUUCUUUGACAGAUCGAAAAGGCUUGAACACCAUUGCACAUUGCUGCUUCACUAGGCAAAAAAGAUCUGGUUGAAUUGCGCCUUUCUAAGGUAAAAGAAACUGCAGAAUAUUUGAAGAGAAGUGAUUUUCUUGGACAAACAGCCCUUCACAAGGCCACAAAUUGUGGAGACUCGGAUACAGUGAAGCUUUUGUUGAAAAGAGGUGCCCAUCCCCUGGAAGAACGUGAUUGUGAUGGUCGGACUGCACUCCAUUAUGCUGUGAAAGCUGAAAGAGACAAUAUAAAAUUGACUGGUUUGCUAUUAAAUGGAUGCAGAACCAAUCAAGAGAAAUGCCUCUUGUUAUGGGCCUCUGCAGCAGGCUUAGGCACCGCUGAAAGCAGUCUUAGCGAUGAUGAUCCACUUCGAGAAAUCCUUGCUGUUGAAAGAAAUAAAAUAAAAGAACAGCUUACUACUGAAAAUCUGUUGAAAACUGCUGCUGUUGCAGGAGACAUAGAAAUGACCAAAGAACUGAUUGCCAGAGGUUAUAAAAUGGCAGAUAUACAGGAUACAGAAUGGAGAAAUAGAUUAAGAAAAGAAGAAAAAAACAAUGUAAAUAGAGUUUUAAGUCAACUUGAGAGGAUCGCCCAACAGGCAAAUGACCAACCUACCAUAUUGGACAAUCUUGGUAAAUAAAAAUCAACUAUUCUUUAACUCAUGAUUAACUGAUUUUGACUUUUUUUUCUAUAAUUUUAUAUUUUUAAUCUUAAAUUUUCUUAAAUUGAUCGGGGAGAAUUGACUAUGCCCAUGGACUUGCUGCAUUGUUGCUGAAUCCUUAUAUAAAACCUCCAAUUGUUGUUGGAAUUUCUGGAUCUUGGGGAACGGGAAAAUCAAGCUUAAUGGUUCAGACAGAAAGCAUUUUGUUAAAAACGGCAGCUCAAGUGGCAUUGUUGCCAUCUGCAAAAUUAUCAAGUUCAUCUUCAGAACUGCCUGGUAUCUCAACCUCUGAAUUAUCCAUAAAAGGAAAAAAGAAAUAUGAAGAAAUCAAAAGACAUGUCGAUUUUGAACAAAAUGGUAACAAAACCUUAAUUUCUAUCAUGAUGGAUAACAUUUGGAGUUGGGUUAAAAAGUUCAACAAAGAGGAAUCUCCAGCAGAGAUCGGACAUACCAAAGAAGACUCUCUUGGAGAGUUCCUAAAUACAUACAAAGCUAAAUAUCGCAAGAUUUUUAAAUCACUUGCUGCAAUGGAUAGCAUAGACAUGUUCACAACCAGAACCAGAAAAGAUCAAGACUCUCAAGACCCACAUUCAAAGUCAGUCUGGCGAACGGUGAGGGACAUGUUCACAAUAAAGUGUUAGUUAUCAAAACCAAAUUUACUAUCAUCAAUAGUUGAUUCUACACUAGAGGAAAGUGUUCUUGCUAUUUUGACUGUAAAUUAUAAUGUCUGGAAAUAUAAGAAUGAAACAGAGGCUUUGGCAGGUAUGGCAGUUGAGAUCACUAAAGAACUUGAGGGAAUUAUGACUAAGGCUCAAUGGCUUAGCACUUGUUGGAGAAAUACAUGGAAAAAAAAAAGUACAAUAUAUGGAUUGAAAUUAUUUAUCCAAGUCUUCUUGCAAUAGUUUUGGCAUGUACAAUUACUUGGAUUUUAUGGGUACUUCUAGAUAGAUCAAACAAGUUCAAACAUUGGGCAAUACCAAAAUAUGCUUGUUUACCAACAGGUAUAAUCAUAAUAGGAUGGACUGUCACAAAGUCAGUAAUGAGUAUUUUAAAACCAGUUAGUACACAGUUGAUGAGUUAUGUAUCAUUUCCAGAUCAUACAGACAAAUUGGGUUAUCAAGAGAGGGUGAUAUCAGAUAUCACUUUUUUAAAAGAAGAAAUUGGUAAAAGGCCUUGUUUAGUUUUUAAGGCCUAUUCAUGGGUAUCUGCCAUGAUUUCUACUUUGUGGGUUAUUUUUUUUGAAUGGUGGUUCACAAUAUUUUUUUUCAAUCCUAAAAUUAUUGGAAAGACCAUGUCAAUUCCAGAGAUAGCCUCUGCAAAUGGGACCAAUCUUCGAAUAAUUGUUUUUAUUGAUGAUCUUGAUCGUUGUCAAGAAUCUGUGAUUUUACAGGUUUUAUCAGCCAUCAAUCUUGUGUUAGUAGUUUGUGAAAUAAGUGUGGUGUUGGGAAUCGACAAAGGAAUGAUAGAAAGGGCUAUAAUAAAAAAAUAUGGAGAUAUGAAAAUGAAUAGGUCAUUGAAAGAUAAUCAAGAUCUUGCAGAUAAGUAUUUACAAAAGAUUAUACAACUUCCACUUGACCUUCCUGAUCUCAGUGAAGAGCAAUCUAAGGAGUUUUUAGAAGGACAAUUGGGUGUUUUUAGAGAAUCAAGUGGGAGUGCUAAGGCGUUUUUAAAAGGACAAUUGGUAAGUGGGAGUGCUAAGGAGCUUUUAGAAGGACAAUUGGAUCUUUUUAAAGAAUCAAGAUUAGAAUCACAUACAGAGACUGGGCAAUCAGAAAAGUUGACAUCAUCAAAUAUUAAAGGAGGAGAAACUGGAUUAGAAAUAGUUUCAGAAGUUAGUAAAGAUAUGGAUCAUACAACCAUAACUACAAGACACAGCCAUACCAGCAAGAUUUUGCAAUUUGUGAACCAACUACUUUGGAAGAUUUGCCCCUCUUCUCUUAAUACUUUUUGUGGAGGGGAAAGUGAAACGGAACCAGUACCGCAUGAUGCUCAACAAGUGGGAGAUGUACCCAUUCCUAAGGAUGCUACAAAUAAAAUAAGUAACAAAGAUUACUGGUCAUGGAUUCCUCUAAGAGAGUUGUUGUUCGUUAGAUAUAGCAAAGGAGAACAAGAUGCAUUUUGUUACUUUCAGAAGCUGUCAACAAAUAGCAGAAAAUUUCCUCGUGAGUGGAAGCGCUUCCUCAAUUAUCAUAGACUAGUGUGGUAUAUAUUUUAUUUAACAGGAGAAGCAAAGGAUUUGGCUGGUUGGCAAGUACAAUUUAUCUCUUGGAUAUUUGUUUGCUGGGAAUGGCAAGAAAACAUCAACUUCAUUAUUCAGAAUUGGAAUGAAGUUGGUGUUUUAUCUACAGAAUCCAAUAAACCUUCUCUAUAUAUGAUUGUAGAUCAUUUUAUAGAACUUGAGGAUAAAAAGCACAGGAAGGGGAUUGAGAUUGGCAUUGAAAAAGGUGAAACAAAAAAGGCCAUCCUUGGACAUAGAGAUCUCAAUUAUAUAAAUAAUGUAGUAGGAUCCAGUAAGACCAAACAAGACAUAUUAGAAACAAAGGCUCCAGAAAUUAUGUUGGGGGUAAAUGCUGGUCCACUGGAGAAAACAUUGAAGGAUGUGCUAGAUAAGCUGAAAAAAGAAAUUAAAGAGGAGUUAAAGAAAGAAAUGAAAGAAAUUAAAGAGGAGUUAAAGAAAGAAAUGAAAGAUUUGAAAGAUCAAGUUAUGAAACAAAAUAAUAUGAAGAAUGAAAAGAGGGAGGAGGAAAAGAAAAUGAAGGUAAAACAGUGGAAGAAAAUGAGGUCAGCACUAUACAAAUAUGAUGUUACAAUGGAAGGCAUCUUGGCAUUUCAAAGGUUUAGAUUUUAUUGCAUAGCUGGGCAUCUCUCAUGGCCUUUACUUGACCAAGAGAAUAAUUAACAUCCAUAAAAUUACGGAUAAUAUCUGUUUUUAUUGCUUCUCUGUGUUUGAUGUACUUAGAUCGGUCUCUAUGUGAUUUGCAGUCGAGACCAGUAUGUUUAUGUUUCAUGAUGCUUCUCAAAUACUAAUUUUAUUUUCAGAUUGUAGAAUA